UGUCCUCGUCAGUCAACAACGCAGCACCGCCGAAGUCCGGACUCACAGACCUAUCCUUCCGAUAUCGUCCACUUCUACGAGAAGACAUCUCGAGCGUCUUGAAACAAAGGAUAUUCGUGGCCUAAUCAAGGAGAAGCACAAUAUCGAGCGAGCGCUGGACAUGUCCUUGAGCACAAAAGGAAUAGAACAGGUGAGAACAAGAAGCUAGUGUUGAAAAGGCUCCGAGUACUUGGUACGCCUCAGAUUGGCGACGGAACCUAGGCAAAUGGUCAUGGAUCUUUGCCUAGAAGAUGCCGCGCAUUUCCAAAGAAAAUCCAGGGAAUUCGGGACGGCGUUCAGCGAAACAGGUCCUUACGCUGAAACGCUCCAUACAAGAGAGUAUUUUAGCUGUGCGUUAUGCAGAAGAAGUGUUUUGUAUCGAAUACAAUGUACGGGUAUGGGACAAGGAACAACAAGCUGUCACAAAAACAUAAACCACCUCCGUUCCGUGCUCCGACUCAGAUUCCUCGGACCUUGCCGAUAGGGCGCUUAUCAUUUAGUGCGCGCCAGUACGGUAAAGAAUCCAAAUGCGUCACGGUUGGGCUCAGUGUCCCAAGCUCCUCGUCGCGGUGAACGACGAGCUCGAUGGCCGCCCCACCGCGUAGGCCAUUGCCUACGCCUCCGGUAGCACAUCAGAAUAUUUACGGUAAUGAGGAGGUAUACCCAAGCGGCUUACCUGGUCUUUACCCCAGGUCUCCCUACGGCUUGCCGUAUCUUUACGAUCCUCUAUAUAACGCUCAGCCUCCGAUGACUUUUGAAGAACCACCAAGCAGCACAUUACGCGGGGGAACCCUUCUUCAUAAGGGUUUCUAUGAUCUGCUAGCUCUGAUACCUAGCACGCCGUCUCCGUCGCGUCUCUUCUGGCGUACUCCUCAAAACGCGGAACCUAUCGCUGGUCCCCGUUAUGAGGAGAUACCACCUGCUAAUUCACCAGCGCAGAAGCCAGUAGAUCCGCCCAUUGCGUCGCCCCCUGUUAGCCCAGCCUCGCCGCCAAGGAACCUGAAGGCAAGGCGCAUCAGUAAAGAUAUGGUUUCUAAACCUACUGGAUUCGUGCACCUAGUUCACGCAUCUGAUGCCGACCAAGCUGAGGCCCUCCUCACUCGAUGGGGUCCUGAGGGGCAAGGCAAAUUAGGAGAUCCUCGCUGGGCUGAUCCUAUAAAGAAUCUCAUCAGAGAAAAUGUCCAGGCGAAGGCCGUCAACGAGGUCGUCAGUGGAUUGAAGCCUACCCAAAGUUCUCUGAGUCGCCCGGAUGCACAGCUCCCGCCUCUCAGGGUUAUGAAUGGCAUUAGUACAACAACUUCCUCUACCCUUACUACAGCUGCUCGGGAGAAUGUCCAGCUCUCCCCGAGCAUUCCCUCGAUACCCUCUCCGGUUCUUACCCCGAUUGGUCAGGCUGGAAACUCCACAAUUCGAUGGACAGCUGGACUCACUGCCCAUCCUGAACAUGAGCACGAGAAUGAUGCAGCCUUCAUGGAGAGGAACUUGCCGGAGAUUCCAUCUCCUCGGAAACCAAUCACACCCUCUCUGGCUACCCUGGAGAAAGCUGUUGCCGCUCGGAUCUUCUUCGAGAACUUGUACUUCCCUCUCCUCAAGCAGACGCCUUCGCGGGAGCAACGAAGACUCGCAAUGGAGAAGGAUAUGAUCAAUAUGCAAUUGAGUGAGGCCCAGAAGGAUUAUCUUCGCAGUCGAUGGCGCCAGAAUGAAACAGACUAUCUUCGGGAACAGCGGCGCAAGGUCGACGUUACUGCAUUCGUCAAGCUGAAGACCAUCGGUCAUGGGGCGUUUGGGGUUGUUUCUCUCGUUCGUGAUCGUUCGUCGGCUCAGCUAUUUGCGAUGAAGCAGCUCCGAAAGACCGAUAUGUUACGCAAGGGCCAAGAGGGCCAUGUACGUGCUGAACGAGAUGUCUUGAAAUCUGCGUCUCUGGUCGGCUCUCCUAACGGUGCAGAGUGGAUUGUGAGGCUCUACUACAGUUUCCAAGACCGGGAACAUUUGUACUUGGUCCUGGAAUACAUGGGUGGUGGAGACCUCCUGAAUCUCCUUAUCGAGCGGGACGUGUUUGAGGAGGAUUUCACUCGGUUCUAUGUUGCGGAGAUGGUCCUUGCUAUUGAGUCCUGUCACAAGCUAGGUUUCAUUCAUCGUGAUAUCAAGCCGGAUGGCAUAUCAAACUCUCCGACUUCGGCCUCGCGUGAGUACGGCUAUUCCUCCCUCGAUUCCCCUGAGAAAUGCCUAUCAUUUCGCUCUUUGUUGACUUGGAUUACAACUCAUUUACCCAGGACGGAUCUUCAUUGGGCGCAUGAUACAUCUUAUUACGAGCAACAACGCCUUCACUUGCUGCACAAGCACGGAAUCGACUUGGAAUCUACUCGUGGAAAUUCACUGGCCGACGGAACGAAGACCAGACGCCUUGACCGCAAGGAAGUCGAGCGAUUGAUGGGAGGAGGCGAUGGGCAAGGAGGUAUCUUCACAUGGCGGGAGAAGAAUAGCCGCAAGUUGGCCUACUCUGUCUGCGGCACGAACUCGUACAUGUCCCCCGAAGUCAUUCGUGGUCAUGGCUACUCAUACUCAUGCGAUUGGUGGAGUCUUGGGGUGAUAAUGUUUGAGUGUCUAUAUGGAUUCCCCCCAUUUGUCAGCGACUCGCGCCACGUCACUCGCCAGAAAAUUCUGAACUGGCGGCAGGCGUUGCGAUUUCCUGCACGACCUCGCGUCUCACACGAAGGCAUCAACUUGAUGGAGCAACUUCUAUGCGAAGCGGAAGACAGACUCGGCUCUCAAGCGUCCUCUUCCGUGAGCAGGCCAAACUCCAUGAUUGUGCAGGCAAGGCGAAGCGGCUUCGUUGUUCCGACUGGUAACUCGGGCAGCGUGGAUGGAGCACAUUUGAUCAAGGCCCAUCCUUGGUUCCGUGGCAUCGACUGGGAGAACAUCCAUCGGUAUUCCGCACCUUACCGCCCUGAUCUGAGGCACCCGGAGGAUACACGUCAUUUUGACGAUGACAUUCCAGCAGAACCUCUCGCACCCGCUAACGGGGCGGCCGCAGAUGCAACCCGAGACCCCUUACUGCGAGAUAAGAUUCAUGGCAAUGAAAUUCUUGAAGUACGCAAGGCUUUGGCAUUCGCCGGUUUCACACACAAGAGUCCGCGCGUUGUCAGCUACGUUAGGGCGGACAAAGCAUUUGACCCAGAACCCGACACAUAUGGACACGAAGAGCCAGAGCGAGGCCGCUCUACCUUCCGUAAUAGCCACGAUACCGGGCAAGGACGAGCUAUCUCGGUUUGAGUGAGGAGGAGUAACGACAUUAUCAUGAACGCGUUCUACACGACUUGAUGCCAUGAGUUCGGACAUUGUGACUCGAAUACCCUCUAUCGCGAUCCGUCGGUGACGACUGCUUUUUGAUAUGUUUCUCUUGUCAUUGCUGUACUCAUAUCAUAUUCAGAGCCCUUCUCAGAUUUCUUCCCCUGACUUCAUGACGUUCAACUUGUAAUAUUCCAACAGAUUCGUUCUUGUACUGGUAGUCCACUCACCGAAAGAAUUUCGAAAUCUCGCUAUUGCCCAUUCCAUGCACUCUAUAAACGCCAUAUAUAUGUAAACUUACAUAUUCGGCGAUCUCCUGCUUCAAUUCGCAAAAUGUACUCAAUGCAUCGAAGACACGAUCCUGCGGGUCCAGAGACAAUUUUAACUCAAAACCGCAGCGUGUAUAUCAAGGGACCAGGAGUACUAAGACCCUGGGGAUCGAUCCGCAAGACUACGAACUUCUCGGAUGCUGAUGGACACGAUUGGAUGGGAAUUUAUUGCCUGAGAAGCAACCAUGUGUUGCUCGCAUGCCUUGCUGACAGGCAUGAGUUGGCAUUACAAGGAAACGUGGUGAAUGACCCCGCACUGCUUUGAAUGUGGUGCCACCAUUCGACACCGACGCUAUCUUUAGUAUCUAGUUUAUCUCUGCUGGAGGGCCUGUUACGCGUGUAAGGGAAGUAGUAGUAACAACCUUGAACUUUGUUGAAGUUGACAUGCAUGACCAUUUCGUGCAGUUGGCUGUCAACAGUAGACGCUUAUAAAUGAGAGCUCUGUCUAUCUUU